AUGGAUUUUUCAGCUUUGAACAACAAAUCCAAUUUCCAUGCUCGUUCAAACAGCUUGCCUUCUAGACCUCAUCCACUUAUUCCUCAAAUAGAUGAGCUUUUGUGCAGGCUCAAAUCCUAUGAAGCCGCCUCUUCUUCAUCGUCGUCGAUCACCGAAAAACUAAACGGUCUUAGGGAUAUGUACGAGUUGGUUCAUAGUUUCCUUCAAUUGCCUAGCACGCGGAAUUCCUUAGCCCAAAACUGCAAUAACAAUCAGUUGUUGAAUGGAUCUCUUAAGCUCUUGGAUGUGUGUGGUUUAGCCAAGGAUGCUUUGUUGCAGGCCAAGGAUGAUACCCAACAACUCCAAUCAGUUUUCCGAAGAAGAAGAGGCGACGAUGCCGGGUUCGCAAAUGAAGCCAAGGCAUACUUAGCAACAAGGAAGAAAGCAAACAAGCUAAUAAACAAGUUUUUGAGAGAUUUAAAGAUCAGUAAAUGUGGCUUUGCCGAUGUUGAAGCUACAAUUAGCAUGUUAAGAGAUGUUGAAGGAGUUACUUUCACGGUGCUCCUAUCGGUUCUUUCCUAUAUAACCGCGUUGAUUUCGGAACCGAAAUCGAUCAGCUGGUCAUUGUUUUCGAAGUUAAUGCACUCGAAACGUGUAACCUGCCAGGGACAAGCUUCGGCGACCAACGAAUUCGACAGAGUGAAUGCAAUUUUGUGUAGUCUCAUUGGUUCUAAGACUGAGACUGAGAAUGCACAGAAUGAGUUGCAGAAACUGGAGUCAAGCAUUGAAGAUAUAGAAGGAGGAGUAGAAUGCCUGAUUAGGGUUUUGAUUAAAACUAGAGUUUCUAUUCUCAACAUCAUCAGCCAUUAA